AUGACAGCUAGCGAGAUAGCUGGUUCUUUCUUUAAAUAUGCGUCAAUACCAGUCGCUGUUGCAGUGGGGUUAUAUGCGAUCCUCCUGGGGUUACUCACCACAUCAACAUUCCAAUCACAUGUGGUUUAUCUGCACGCGAUCCAGAUGACAUGGUUCAAAGACCUCAAUGUCCCCGAAAAUUUCGGGUUCCUAAGGAAUCAAGUCACUCCGUUCUCCAUCAGAACCAGAGACGGUGAACAGCUGUACGCUUGGCAUAUUCUUCCCGUGGAAUUGUAUCGCAAGCAUCAAAUACCUCUCAUCGAAGAGCCCGUAGGCUUUGUAUCCGAUAUCACAUCUCGACUGGGAUUUCAAUUACUGCGAGAGGACCCCGAUGCUCGUUUGAUUCUUCAUAUGCACGGUGCUGGGGGAACCGUAGCCUCAGGUUACCGGGUCCCAAAUUAUCGUGCGCUGUCAGCGGGGAAUCCAGGGAAAAUCCAUGUUCUGACAUUCGAUUACCGGGGAUUUGGCAAGAGUACUGGGUCACCAUCUGAGACCGGGCUCAUCAUCGAUGCCCUCGCUGUGGUAGACUGGGCAAUGAAUGUGGCAGGAAUCCCUCCAUCUCGAAUAUUGAUAUUUGGUCAAUCGAUGGGCACAGCUGUGAGCAUUGCUGUAUCCAAGCAUCUUGCUGUACAAAAUCCACCGAUAGUUUUCGCAGGCACGGUGCUAGUUGCGCCAUUUGUGGACGUCGCAACAUUAGUCUCAACUUAUCGGAUUGCGGGUACCGUGCCAAUCUUGUCGCCAGUUGCGAGAUUUCCUUUCCUCUUCAAAUAUCUUCAACGAUUCAUUCGAGACAAAUGGCUGAGCAAGGAUUGUAUUGCACAAUACAUUCGGGCGAAUGAGAUGAAUGGAGAGAAAUACCGAAUAGCAAUAAUCCAUGCCGAGGAUGACUUUGACAUUCCAUGGCACCAUUCUCAACUUGUGUUCUGGCAUGCGGUGAAUGCUUCGAUGCCUGUGGGGAUCAGUUAUGACGACCUUGAACAAAAGAAACUCGACUCGAAAGUAGAUAUGGGAGCUGCCGGUUCCAUGAUGGAAUGGAAGACGGGAAAUGGGGUCAUUCGUGAGGAAAUUUUGAAGACUGGAUUGCACGAUGUGAUCAUGGGGUAUCCGGUGGUAACAAUGGCAGUGAUGCGAUUUUUUGAGGCGGCAGAUCCAUCAUUUACCUCCUAA